AUGUCCCUUCCUCAACGUCCGGGGAAGGCCUCCCCGCGACGAGAAGAAACCUUUGAUUCGUAUCGCGAUUCCUCCCGGAGGCGGCAUCGUACCCACGAGUCGACAGGCCGCUAUGAUCACGACGACAGUUCCCCUUCGGGCCAUCGCCACCAUCGCCACCAUCGCUCCCGCAGCUCAAGAAGACGAAGCGAUGCCGAUGUGGAGAGGGGCGACUGGGGGCCAGAUGCGCGACACCGAAAAAGCUUUGUGAGACCGGAGCGCACGCGAGGCGACGAAACCCAUCCACAUUACCACUAUCGCCAGAAAUCCCAGAACAUGCCGACCGAUCCAUCGCAGACGGGGGACGUGCCCAUGGCGGGUCUUGAGCGCGAAUUAGACACCAACAGCUCGCGAAGCUCGGAGUCCAAGGGGAAAACCGGAGUUUACGUCACUCAGGGAAAUGUGAACCAACCGAUGGAAAGGGUUCCCACAAAACGGCGAAUCAAGAAGAGGAGGUCAUCCCGUCGGAUCAAGAAGCGAGCUGCUGCCGCAGAAAAAGAACGCCAGAAGGCCUUAGAGCAGGUCCGCCCACCCAGUCCGUGGACCACCUAUUGCGCGAUCAUCACUUUCUGGGCCCCCGAUUUCAUCCUCAGGUGUUUUGGCAUGCCGCAGAAGGCACAGAGAAGCGCCUGGCGGGAGAAGAUUGGGUUGAUCAGUAUCAUCCUGCUGAUUGGCGCUUUCGUCGGCUUCCUAACCUUUGGCUUUACGGCCACCGUUUGCGGCACGCCCCCAACUCGGCUGAGGGUCAAUGAAGUGAGUAGUAGCUACAUGAUCUUCCACGGUCAGGCGUACGACCUGUCGCAUUCGACGCACCCCGCGGCCGCGGGGAUCCCAGCCGGGACGAACGUGCUCUGGGAUUUAUCGCACAAGUAUGGAGGCCAAGACGGCAGCUUCUUCUUCCAGGAAGUCAAUGGGGACUGCAAGGGUUUGAUUACUCUUGCCGAUGGUUCCGAUGUGCCUACCAACUCGGAUGGCGACCUGGCCUGGUAUUUCCCGUGUCACGCCUUCAACCAGGAUGGCUCGUCCCAGCCGAACGAGACUGUAUCUUACUACCUCGGAUGGGCUUGUCACACCUCGGGUGCGGCUCGCAAGUCGUUCUACAGCCUGAAGAGCUCAGGCGAUGUGUACUAUACGUGGGAGGACACCAAAAAUCAGAGCAGGAAUCUCGCUGUCUACUCGGGCAAUGUUUUGGACUUGGACCUGCUGCGGUGGUUCAACACGUCGCAAGUCACAUACCCGAGCAAGUUUGAUGAGCUGCGGGAGAACUCCGCCGUGCGCGGAGUCGAUCUCACCUACUACUUGCAGACGGGCGAGGAGAAAAAGAUUGGGAAAUGCCUGUCUCAGAUCAUCAAGGUCGGCAGCAUCGACACCGAUACGGUCGGCUGCAUUGCUUCCAAGGUGGUGCUCUAUGUGUCCCUGAUAUUCAUUCUCUCCAUUGUCGUGGUGAAAUUCAUCUUUGCCCUGCUUUUCCAGUGGUUCUUGUCCAAGCAGUACGCCCCGGCGCGGACCAGCAUGAGCACCGAUUCCAAAACGCGCAACCAGCAGAUUGAGGACUGGUCCAACGAUAUCUACCGCCCAGGACCCCGAAUCGCAGACCCGAGUAUGCUGGAGCGGCCCGGUAAGAGGGCCAGCUUCUUGCCUACCACGUCUCGCUUUUCCAGUCCCUACACCGUCAGCAAUGGGGGCAAACAGAAGUAUCAAUAUGUGACCAUGGCCAGUCAAAAUUCGACCACCCGUCUGGUGCCCGGUGGGAGCAACUCCGUGUACAAGCAGAGCUACAAUGACAGCGGGGGAAGUUUGGGGGCUGAUGGGUCGCGCCCUGCCAACUCAGCGAGCCGGUCUAGCUUGGCGCUGCAGGACUCACGAUACUCGACUACGAUGAUGGAGUCGGAAGCAGCGGGGCUGGGCGGCUUCGUCCAUGAAGCGGUCAUUCCUCAGCCGCCUCCUGAGUGGCAGCCGUAUGGGUUCCCUCUGGCUCAUUCGUUGUGUCUGGUGACUUGCUACUCGGAAGGUGAAGAUGGUAUCCGCUCUACGCUGGACUCGAUUGCGAUGACCGAUUAUCCGAACAGCCACAAAACCAUCAUUGUGAUCUGUGACGGCAUGAUCAAGGGUAAGGGCGAGGAGUUCUCCACCCCCGAGAUUGUCCUGCGUAUGAUGCGUGAUCCAAUCGUCCCGAUGGAUGAGGUCCAGCCCUUCUCCUAUGUUGCCGUGGCCACGGGAUCGAAGCGACACAACAUGGCCAAAGUCUACGCUGGAUUUUAUGACUAUGGCGCCAACUCCAUCAUUCCAGAGGAAAAGCAGCAGCGCGUGCCCAUGAUGAUCGUCGUCAAGUGCGGAACCCCGGCGGAAGCCACCCAGUCCAAGCCGGGUAAUCGGGGCAAGAGAGACAGUCAGAUAAUCCUGAUGUCCUUCUUGCAGAAGGUGAUGUUCGAUGAGCGGAUGACGGAGCUGGAGUUUGAGAUGUUCAAUGGGCUUUGGCUGGUGACUGGAAUCCCGCCGGAUUUCUACGAGGUGCUUUUGUGUGUCGAUGCAGACACCAAGGUGUUCCCGGAUAGUCUGACCCACAUGAUCUCGGCGAUGGUGAAAGAUCCGGAUGUCAUGGGACUGUGCGGCGAGACGAAGAUUGCGAAUAAGACAGACAGUUGGGUAACGAUGAUCCAGGUGUUCGAAUACUUUGUCUCCCACCACCAGGCUAAAUCAUUUGAAUCGGUCUUUGGUGGUGUGACCUGUCUUCCAGGAUGUUUCUCGAUGUACCGGAUCAAAGCACCCAAGGGCGGGCAGAACUACUGGGUGCCGAUUCUGGCCAAUCCGGACGUGGUCGAGCACUACUCGGAGAACGUCGUAGACACGCUGCACAAGAAGAAUCUGCUGCUCCUGGGUGAGGACCGAUACCUGUCGACGCUGAUGCUCCGAACCUUCCCGAAGCGCAAGCAGAUCUUCGUGCCGCAGGCCGUGUGCAAGACCCAGGUCCCCGAUAAGUUCAUGGUGCUGCUUUCGCAGCGCCGGCGCUGGAUCAACAGUACGGUGCACAACCUGAUGGAGCUGGUGCUGGUGCGCGACCUCUGCGGCACGUUCUGCUUCAGCAUGCAGUUUGUCAUUUUUAUUGAGUUGGUGGGCACGCUCGUGCUGCCGGCGGCCAUCGCCUUCACCUUCUACGUGGUGGUCAACUCGAUCGUCCACCAGCCUGUGCAGGUGCUGCCACUGGUGCUGCUGGCAUUGAUCUUGGGGUUGCCGGGGGUGUUGGUGGUGGUGACGGCGCACCGCAUGGUGUAUGUGCUGUGGAUGGUGAUUUACUUGCUGUCGUUGCCGGUGUGGAACUUUGUGCUGCCGACGUACUCGUACUGGAAGUUUGAUGAUUUCAGCUGGGGCGACACGCGGCAGACGGCGGGCGGCAAGGACAAGGGACACGAAGCAGGGGAGGGCGAGUUUGACAGCAGUCAGAUCACGAUGAAACGGUGGCGGGACUUUGAGAAGGGUAAGACUAUCCCGUACCUGACUUUCGCCGAACUUGGCCUGUGCUGA